AUGCCGGCUACAGAGUUGACAAAUUAUGGCUUUCAUGCCGAAUAUAACUCUUCUAUUAGUGCCGAUGAACUUUUCGUUAAUCAUAGUAUCCCAGAAUUACGUGCUCUUGAGAAAAGAACAAGAUCCGAUAUUGAGAAAAAAAAACAGGAAUUAAGGCUUAUGGUUGGUGAACGAUAUCGUGAUUUGAUCGAUGCGGCUGAUAGUAUAGUUAACAUGCGUCAUUGUGCUUUAUCCAUUCAAGAAGAAUUACAUCAUAUGCAAGAUUCUUGUGAUGUUCAAGCUUUGAAACGCACUGUUAAAGCUCAAAUAAAUGAAGAUAAAAAGGGAACAAAAGAUGAAAAGAAACAUCACCUAUAUUCAUCAGCUGCACAAAUCAAAUUAUUGGUUGACGUUCCAGAACAGAUUUGGCGAUCUCUAGAAAGCCAUAAAUAUCUAAAUGCUAGUCGCUUAUACCUUAUUGCUAAGUUGGUGUAUAAAAAUCUUCAAGCUCACAAUGAAGAUUCUCCUUUCAAUGUGUCGGUGACUUUUCCGGUUGUUCAACGUCAAUGGGAUGCCGUCAGUCACUUUAAAGCUCAAAUCCUUCAAAAAGCCACGCUGUAUUUAAAAGUCAUUGAACAAUCUGAGCAGAGCCUGGCAGAAACACUUUGUGCAAUAAUGUUGUUGGACGAUGUAACAAAAAAAGAUGUAUUUCGUAAAUGUCUUGAUAUGCGAACAUCGGCGUUGAUACAAAUUUUAGAAAAGUCUGAAACAAAAGACACAAAAUCAAUGGUGGAACAGUUUAAGGAAAUGAUUCGUCUUAUUAGAGGAACUGUUUAUCAUGUUGGUUCUGUUUUCAUUAGUGCAGACAAUGAACAAUCGUUAUUUGAAUCAUGUCUGCAUCAAUUACAGCAAGGGUUCACAGUUUAUGAGGAUUCAGCACAGCCAUCUCCUGCCCUGGUAUCACCACGUGAUUCAAAAGCUUCUUUAACCCGUCUAUAUUCUCCUUCAACAAAUAUACAUCUACUUGUACGUUACCUUCCUGAAUCGAUUCAAACAUUUACUCCUUUUUUACAUGUGUCUGGUACACGUGGCCAACUUUCACAAGAAGAUAUUACAGCACGAAUGAAUUUGUGGAUAGAUCAAAUCGUUGAACAAUUUCAUGAAAAACUCGAUGCUUUGUUAUCAAAAGUACCUUGUGCAAAAGAGUUACAUGAAUUACGAAGAAUAAUUUGGGAAAUCUUAAAAGAGGAUGAAUGCGUUAAAGAUAAAGAUCAAUCUUCGUCUAAAAAGUUUCCAAGCAAAGUUCAUAGAACUAGUUUGGGGUUUGAAUUAAACAUAAAAAAGACAGUUUUGUCUUGGUAUCUUAUAUGCCAUAUUGUUUUUCACAAACCUUUUUCUGUUUGGAAUGAUUUGUUAAGGAAUGGUUUCAACAAACGAUUCAAAGACAUUAUAAUAUCAUCGUUUGCUGAAUUAUCUAACCAACCAGAGAAGUUGCUUAAGAACGAGCUGUACAAACUUGAAGAUCCCAAUAAUGAAGAACGGCAUCUUGGAAACUUUAUCUGGGCGCAUGGGUCCACAUUUUUUAAUUCAAAGCCUUACGAUAGUACUGAAUCAGUUUUCAUUAGUGCAGACAAUGAACAAUCGUUAUUUGAAUCAUGUCUGCAUCAAUUACAGCAAGGGUUCACAGUUUAUGAGGAUUCAGCACAGCCAUCUCCUGCCCUGGUAUCACCACGUGAUUCAAAAGCUUCUUUAACCC